UGUGUAUUGACCUUUGAAUGUGUUUUAUUCAAACUCAUUCCUCAUUUCAACAUGUCUGUUACAGCUUAGUUCUAAAAGCUAUUUACUAAAGUUCUAAAAACUUCAUUUUAUAGAAUUUAGACUAUACUGAUCUUAUGUUGUCGAUAGUACUCCCAUUUCCGUUUCCAUUAUUCUAAGCAUCUGUGAAAGUCAUUAAAAGACAAGUUGCUCAUCUGCAUUGUCACUCCGCGUUUCAUUAUUUUCAUGUGGCAGCCAGAUGGCAUCAUCCUUAAGUAACUAUUAUACAUUUGAAGAAUGAUAAAUAUUAGGGGCUAAUAUUGAUGAAUAUUGCAUGCUUUGUAGAGCGACAAUGGAACUACAAUCGAAAAUUACGUGAUAUCUCAUUCGUUCUAUGUUCUUAUUCACCCCGAAGCUCGGUAACAGUUUUGCAUCACCCGUCAUUGAAGAUAGAAUGGUGUAUAUCUAAUCUCUCAGAGUGGAUAUUACUGAAAUUAUAAAAUAACUAUGCCAUAAAGCAUACCCAUAUUACUGCUCAUUCACUGUGAAAUAUAUCCUAUUCACAAGAACGUAACAACAUUUCAGGAAUAAAGCUUUGCUGUUAUGAUAACUCUGCAAAAUGAAUGCGGAAGAAAAUAACUCGGUAAGAUGAAAUCAACAAAGUUAACGCCUAAUUAAUCAAAAUCAUGUAGUAGCAGCAAUGAUAUAGAAGAAUAAACAUUGAAAACGUAAUUCGAAAAGAUAAAGUGGGAAUGUUUGUAUGAAUAUAUACUGGGCUUCAACAUCUACAGCAAAAUAAAAAGUACCUGCAUCCGUCCCAUUGUAGUCGAUUCCAAAUCAUGCUACCCAGCCGACGAUCUCAGUUAUCAUCUUGACACAAAUUAGAUAGUCUACCAACAUGAUUCACAGCUUCAGUCAGAGGUUAGUGAUAUUGUACCUGGCUACCAAUCGUAUGUAAAUAAAUAUUUUGUUUUUCAACUGUAAAUAAAACUGUCAUUUAUGGGUAAAUACUAAUGAUAUGAUUUAUGUAAUUAUCAUUGUAUUGUUUGUCUUCCUCUCCAUGUCUUUACACUUUCAGAUCAAGAUUCAAAAAAACGAUUGUCGAAUUACUCAUCGUCAUCAACAGAAAUAUUAUGUAAUUAUCAACAUAAUUUAUGUAAAUACCGAUCGAAUGAUAACAUUGUUAUUGAUGAUGAUCAUGACAGUGAUGAUGAUAUGGAUCGUGAUAAGUCAUCGAUGAUAUGUUAUCAAUACUUAACAGAUGAUUCCGAUUUGAAUUAUGAUGCUACUCCUCCUCUGUCGGAUCCUGAAACUGAACGUUAUAGUUAUAAAUUAGAUUUACUCAGUGAAUUAAGUCUUUCUUCAGUCUCUGGCGCUGCUGGUGACCAAAUAUUAAAUAUGAAUAUUCAGAAAAAUCCAAUAACCAAUAAAUCCACUUUACAUAAAUGUUACUAUACACAUGGUAAAUAUUUAAUUGAUAAGAAAUGUAAAUAUCGUGUUGUAUAUCGUCAACCGAGAAUAGACUUUAGUCAAAUGGUACUUGUACCAUUUGAUCCAGCCUCAUGGAAUGGUCCAGUGUUAAAACCGAGAACAGCGUUGAACUCAGAAGAACUACAACUUAUUGUCGAUAUGCCGAAUUCAUUUUCUUCUUUACAAAAUAAUAAUAAUCAUGUUGAACAACAACCUGAUAAAAAUAUAGAAAGAAGAGGGCAUGAUUCCGUUGUUGAUGUUGAUAGUAUGUGUAAUAAACAAAAUGGUGAGUGGGAUAAUUUUUUUGUUUUCCUAAAUUACUGCUAAGGAGAGAUCAGGUUAUGUAGUUCUUUGCUAAUAAAUCAUGGUUUCAUCUGGUAAGAAUACAACUGCUUUAUAUCUUUAUGCUUCGCAUUUCCUCAGUGACCUUUGCUGUUAUAUCCCCUUUAGUCUGGUAGUUUUGUUGUCUCAAAGUAAUUGCAUAUUACUAUAGAUAUACGCGGAGUUGUUCUUUUUAAAUUUUGACCAUCCUGACUUCGUUGAAUAUCAAUCUUUUUUGCACUCCUAUCUUCCUGGGUUUUAUCGUUUGAGAGUAAUUGAUAAAGUGUUGUAUAUGACAAUGGCCGUUCUACAGACUUCGCGUCAGUUCAUGUUUGUAUUAAAAGAAUCUCAGUCGUGAACGUAACAAUUAAGCAGACUGAAAAAAAGUAAAACCGUUGGUGUCUGUCUCUCUUUUUCAAUCAUUUUAAUUAAUGCUGCUUUGCAUUUCGAUUAAUUAGACUUAUUUAAAUUCCAUUAUAAACUACACUUGCUUAGUAGAGAUGAUGGGAAAUCGUCUACUUAUCAUUUUACUCGAUCAAAUAGCAUUCAUUUCCAUUGCUCUCUUUCAACAGCUAUGAUUUCUACCAUAGAUUGAUCAAUGCCUAUCAGGUUUAUUCACACUAUCAAUUUUAGUUAUCACAAACUGUCUUUUUCCAAUAGUUUGAUUCCUCUUCUGAAAUUAGGGAUAAUGAGAUGUGAAAAAUAACUAUCCCAGAUGUUAUUUAUUUUCAGGUCACUGAUUAAUCGUGUUGUAGCUUUAUACAGAUGAGUUUUGUCGAUCGAGUUAUAUUAUUGUCAUCAUGGCAUUCUGAUAUUAGGUGAUUGUGUAGUGAACAAACACUCAGUCAGGGACAACCAAUCUAUUGUUUAUGCAAAACAUACAGUGGCUUAGUAAAAUAUGAAAAUCAUUCAUUAAAUACAUUUGCAUAUCUUCUUUGCAUUGUACUUUACCUACUCCAUUAUUUUCCUAUGUUUUUAUUUUGAUUGCUCUCUGAUUUCGUUUCUGUUUUCUUCAAUUCAAUUUUCUGCUGCUAGGCUUUCCACUUCCUAUUUCCGCUAUAUACUACUUAUAAGUGUCAGCAUAAACCACAGUAGUCUCAAUUUAUGAAGUUUUGCUACUCAUCAGUAACAAACAUCAAAAUAUUUUAAAUUUGCCAUAGAUAAUAUCUCCCACAUUCAAUUUCCAGUAGCAAAUGGUGAUAGAUAUGAAUAGGUUGUCAAACAAUCGUGAUAAAUCGAACCAAAGAUUUGCUUCAUGAUGCUCUUAUACAGCUCCAUAAGAUUUUUUUUGUAUAGACCAUUUUCUUAGUUCUAUUAUCAUUCAUAAUCUCCUGAGUCCUAAAAAAACAGAUUGCGUAUCGCUCUGAAAUAUUGUAUCGAUCCAUACUUUACUGACUGACUUUUCUUUCUGUAAACCAAUCACCUGUAUACAGUAUGCUGAUUGAAUGCCUUUUUGACAUCGAAUGAAGAAAAACAAUAAACAAACUUUAUUUACAGCCAAACUUUUCUUACCUACUGGCAAGUUUCGUUUAUAAAUCUUGAUGAUUAUUAAUGAACUGUGGAAGAUUUUGUCCUUCACCAGUCAUCCUUACAGUAAUAAACUUUAUCAGUAAGUUGCUUUUUCAUCCAUACUUUUUUAUUAUCGAGUUUCAAGCUACAUAAUCAACGUAUCAGCUAACAGAAAGAUACACAGUUCCUUGUAUUGACUUGAAAUGAAAUACGAGAUAGAUUCACCUUUCUUCUCUAUCAACAGUUACAGUUAUUAUUUUGCUGAAGCCUUUCGGGACUGGAUCUCAUCAAAUCUAUUUGAGAAUUUAUUAGAAUAAGUCUAUCUACAAGCUGAGAUGGAUGGAUAAUGGCUAGCAGUAAAAUCCAGGAUGGGCGUUCCGUCCUAGUUUGGACUCGUCAGCUGCAUGUACCUGCAUCCCAGAGUUUAUGUUCACCCUGGGACUCUAAUCAAUUACCAUCCUCUUCAAACGCCAUCGUGUUAUCCACUUAGUUGCUUUGUCUAGAUAACCACUGGCUUGUACAGUAGGGUAAAGUUUAAUUAAUUUGUAUUAGUUACUUGAAUCUUCCCAUUGAUGUUUAGGACUGCAGUUGAUCAUUUUCUUUUUGCAUAUGUAUAUUUUGUGCGAAUUCAGUGGGAAUAUUGAGGUAUUCCUCACAUGAUACACAUAUGCAAUAAAGAGAUUGACCAAUUGCAAUCCUAAGCGCCAAUAGGAAAAUUCAAACAAUCAAUACAAAAUGAGUUUAUCCAUCAGCUUGUUUUUUUUCUUUUAUAAUUUCAUUGAACUUCUUUCAACUUUACUCCGAUUUUAUCCAUCGUUAUAAUUCUCUAAUUUUUUUCGUCAUUGUUAAUUUAGUCAUCAAUCUAUUAUUUUCUGGUAUAACAGAAGUCCCAGUACAAAUAUCAAACCAGUUAAAUAUUCCUCAGAAAUAGCAUUUUUAUUUAGAUAUGAUUACAUAAUUGUAACACAGAAACUCCCUCACUUGACUCUUCACAUAUUUUCUUUUCCAGCUGUGGAAAUAAAAUGCACUGCAUUUAAUUUCAGCGAUAUAUGUUUUUUCAUAAAUCAAUUCAAUAGUACAAUACAUAAGUUCAUCUGUAUACUACAGAAUUGUUUACAGAAUAUGUUCAGAUGUGUUCACCUUGUAUUCAUCCUAAACAUUUAUGGGAUUAUUUUAUUAUAGAUUGAGUUCAUCACUAAUAUCGUUUUUUUUCCUGGAGAAAAUAUUGUGACAACCUAGUUUCAUACUCUGUUGGUUUAGUGCAUUCAGUUUCUUGUAUAAAUUUGAAUCAAAAUAACAACAAGAAAGUUCUAAAAAAAAAUGUAAUGAAUGUGUGUUUUGCUUUCAACGCCUUCCCCUUAACCUGAAAAUUUCAAACAGUUCAUGUUUUAUCUUAUAUAUAUACGAGUAUGGAGUUAUUUUGUGUAAAACAUUUGAAUCGGUACCAAACUACUCUCUGUUACCUCUCAAUUUUCAUUCUUUCUCUAUAUGAUAUUAAUCCGUGAUGAAUACUGCCUUUAAAUUACAUAAAACGUCUAACAAUCAGUCAUAAUCAAUUUAGAUUCACCCAUUAUGUACUUUCUUAGUCCUUGAUUAACCCAACUGUUCAAAAUGAAAAUAGAAAUUGUCUGUUAAGAUAUGUUUUUUUCAAGCCUGCUAAGAUACCCACAAUUUAUGUAUAUUCGUAGGCGGCUAGACUGACUUAAAUAAGAAUGUAUAAGCAGUGCCCGAGGCUAGUUAAAUAAGAUUGCCUAGAUUAGUUGUUCCUCUGGUUGUUAGAAGGGGAAUCGGCCCCCAAAUCCCCUGGUACGACCGAGAGUGAGGACAGUCCGCUCUCCCUCUCGAAAUGCUCUCAUAUGGCCACGCGUAUAUAGCCUCUACCAGGGAAGUCCUACUCACUGCCUUCUCGUGGCGAGGGUGUUGUUUACGAAAAUGAGAGGACGAAAAGCGAAUGUCCGGCGCUUUAACCGGAUUCCAAACCAAUGGUGCACAUGGGCUCCAUUAUCCUGCGGGAGCAAAUGGCGUAUGAACCAGUCGUUGGUCACCGGCUUCCAUGGGACUGCAUAUCCUCCCGAUGCUCCACUGCAUUGUGGAUCAGACCUUCAGGUUGAGGCUCCGGGUGUGGCCCCCUAAGAAAACCAUCUGCUUCGGUUUGGGCACCCGGGCAGUAUCACAGCCAUCACACAUAUCGAAUGAGAUUUGUGUGGCGCAUAUGUAUUUGGUGCCUCCUUGUACCAAUAUCUAUGUGUUAAAAUAAAUAAAUAAUAAUCGGCCUCGUGUCUUCCGAAGGAUCUUGGUUUUCACCAUGAGGCGUCAUAGUUCUCCCUUCAACUUCCAGGGCAGAGUUUGAGUGUUUUGAUUUGCUUAUUCUGCUCAGCGUCUUUUUGGCAAGAUUGUUUUCUACGGGAUGGGGAUGCCGACCCCACGCCCAGCCCUCCUCUUUUACCUGGUCUUGGGACUGGCAGUAGCCCUAGAAAAGCUUAUAGGCGGAGGCUAGUUGCUUGUCUUUAUCCACAUGAUUAAACAGAAUCUACUGUAAACAGGAAUCGAUUUCCUGUUAGUUAAUUUACUAAUGAAUACACUCUUCAUUUUGAAUAGAAUGUAAAGCAUACACGAAAUUUUGUUCAGUACAAACACUAUCAUUCUUGGUUUGUUGAGUUGCAUUUUCUUUAAAUUUUUUUCAUCGCUUUACAUUAUAGCAAAAUGUAUCGAUAAUGAAACUGUUCGUGUGAGAAAAACACAUCCAAAAACUGUAAUCAGUAAAUUAUUCAGGUUAGUAUUAUUGUCUUGAUUUAAUAAAACUAUUAUCUACAAUUUGAUGUCCGCCUAUAGUAUAUAUAUACGCUAAAUAAUGAAGUGAUCUUUUACAAUUGUUAUUGAGUUUACUGUUCGGUUAUAUUUAGUCCAUUGAAAACUUUGAUUUGUUGUUUUCACCAAACUUUAUGGUUAUGAAUAAUGAAUUUAAUUCUCCUAAAGAAAAUCACUUUAAAGUUUAUUUACCUAACUCACUUAUAAGUAGUAUGUGAAACUGUAUGGAUCCGUAUAAGUGGCCACAACACUCAACUUUUAUUCAUCAUUUCGCAUAUCUGAACGCCACUACACUUAUUUUGGUACUUUUAGCAAUUUCCAGGCUUCCAAAGUCUUUUGAGGAAUUAUCAAGGGCUUUAUAUGACAGACUGACUUAGGCUAGAUACCCACUAAAAAUCUAAGUCAGUCCGUGAUGGGAACCUUCAAGUUCAGUAAUGUUCACAACACCCUAUAAUUGCGAAUUAUAACUUUUUUGGAGAGAGGUAGAAAUUAUUUUGAGUAUUUCCAUAGGUACUCAAGAUUGUUUGUCACUGACUGAGGUAUCAGCCAGAAACUUACUAGAAUUCACUGGGUACUAAUCAUCUUUCUUGUUCUAAUUUAGAACUUUCCAUACCAAUGCACUUUUACGGCUACGUACACAAACACGUCAACUCAUCAUAAGAAUUCCCUUCCAAAUCUUCAACAGAACUUAGAAUUAUCAACAUAAAUCUUUUGCGAUGAUGGAUAAUAGUUUUAGCUGAGGUAUAGGACUUUAAAGGUGUUGUGAUCUCUGAGAUCAGAGAGAUUUUUGUUUUCUGGUAAAAUCAUCUACUCGGCUGCAUGCAUUUUCGAAAUUUAAUUGAUAUGCUUUUUCAAAAUGAAAGCCAAAAAAUUGCUAACAUUUAAAACAAAACAAACAUUUCCUAUCGUAUAAUUUUCAAGCUAUGCAUUGUGGAGACGCGCUGCAGUAAUCUCGCUGCCCAAAAAUUUAAAGGGACUCGUCAACUAUCCAUCUUGCUUAGAAUGGGUGCCUCAACAACUUCACGAGAACAUUUUUUACAAAUAAACUCACUGUCAAAAACCAACUUCAUAAGCCAAGAAGUAGAUCAUCCUACCAUAUGUGGGAAAAUAUCUCAAGAGUCAUUACAAUGAUUCUGAAAUACUUUUCGUUCAACGUCUCUCACAAAUCAACACAAUCAUUUCUUUUCAUUAGAUACAGAUCACGAAAAGGUAAAUCUGAUGUCAUCUAUCAAGUAAAUUGCACCAAUUGCCAGAAGUAAUACAUUGGACGAAGUGGAGGUUCCUUUGACCUAUUCACACAUGAACAUAGAUUAGCACUGAGGUUAUAUAAUAUGUUUCACUAAUAACAUUGCAUUCUAGUAACCAUGGGCAUGAAUUCGACUGGUUAAACGUCGCAAUUUCGGGCCAAGGAAACUCCAAGAAUGCCAAAACAGUUCCUAGAAUUAUGGUAUCAAAAUCGAUUGGCAACCAACAAGUAUAUCAACGUAAACCUAAUAUAUGAAUCUAUACAAAAGAGACCAAUCAAUCACAAGGUCAGAGGUCAUCCGAGAAAGAUAGUCAAUGUCAGUCCAAGGAAGAAUGAACGAAAUCUACAAAGAGAGCCAAUCACAAGCAACAUCAUUGAAGCAGAUUGAUAUGGUACAUAUGAAAUAACCGAAAUCUAACUUCUAUAUAAAGUAAACCCUGAAAACCUCUAGAAUGACAAUCAAUCUCUAUAAUUAAGCCACCUAACUUAGAGAACAUAAUAUUAAAAGAGAGUGAAACUAUCCCAACAGAUACACCAGGCGAGAAUUGCGUUACAUCACUUACACUGAGAUGAACCCACUCAAUUUCAGUCUCCAUGACUUCAUAUUAUUUCUCUUACAGUGAAUGUAACUUGAAAAUGGUUAGUUUGAUCUUACUGGAUUCUGUAAAUGAACAUUAUUUUAGGAGUGUUAAACUGUCAAAAAUUAAUUAUGUUCAUUGGCUUUUCAAUUUUGAAUAAUUCUCCAACUUGAUUUCAAGUCACAAUGUCAAUUACUGUCAACCUAUACAAAAUCUUUACAAAACUAAUUUGAACAAGAAAACAUUCUUUUAUUGCUUUUUUUCUUUUCUUCUAUUUUCUUAUUUUAGUCUAGUUAAAACAACUACUCAUCGACGUACUAUUGGUGAUCAGAAUACAAUAUCAGAUUUCGAAAAUAAUACAGAAUCUCAAUUACCUACAGAUGAUAACGUUCAAACAAUCUUAUCUAGUGAAAAUGUUAAUGAUAUUGAAAAAAGAAAUAAUUGUUUAAUCAAUUUGCCAAAUAAUACAAAUACACUUUCAACCAUGCAAAAUAAUUUAUAUGUAGAAAGUUCAGCAAAGAAUUUGCUUAAACCUCAAUCGGAUCAGUCAAUCGACUUACAACUAUGUGCAAACAACAAAAUUACUAAUCCUAUCGAAAGAUCAUCACGUUCAUCUUGUUAUGCAACACUUCAUGAAAGAUACCACAAGUCAGUCACUCCACAAACCCCUUCUGAUAAUUAAAGAGUUAACAAGUCAACAACAACAGCAGUCACAACAUCGUUCCAUCUCUUCUUCUAACCAACAUCAUCUCACUAGUUUAUCUAAAAGUGCUGUGAAUCGUCUGUAUGAUAUUGAAAUCAGCUCAUGUUCAACUGCUUAUGAAUCAGUUAUGGAGUAUACACCAACUUGUGAUGAAGUUACUUCCAAACAGAAAACAACCAGAGAAGUUUACGAAGAUGCUGAAGUAUUAUAUCGACACUUAUCUGAUUUGAAACAAUCAAACAAUUCUGAUAUACAAACAACAGUAAUAGAUUCAUCUCAUUAUCAUUAAUAAAUUUUUUUUUACAAUCUUCAUAUACAUACAGUUUGUACACAAGUUAUUAGUUCUCUGAAUCAAAAAUAUUAUGUGUAUGUGUAUUGUCACAAAAACAAUAUACCUUAUAAAAUUCUAUAUUCAAACAUCACUUCCUAAUUCUUUCUACACUCAACUAUCUAUAUAUUUAUUGACAUUACUCUCGUUAGUACUGCGAUUACUGUUUAUUAUUAUUAUUAUCGUGAUAAUUAACACAUAUUGUUAAUCAUUAUUCAAGAGACAAAAAUAUAAGAUUCUGUGAUGAUGGCGAAUACUUAAUAAGCAUAACGCAAUUCAACUUAAUGCUUAUAUGUUAAAUGUGAUGAUAAUCGUUUUUAUGCAUUUGUUUUGUGAAACAUAAUGGGAUUUAUACAGAAAUAAUAAUGCUACAAAAGAAGAUUAAGGUAGGCAGGGUUCUGUAAUCAAUGUGGAUUCCUCUUAAGAUAUUCAUGUGUUAUAUGCAUUUCAUACAUUUUUGUCCCGUUAUCCUAUUAUCAUUAUUUUUCUUUUAUUAUUACUAACUUCAUCACUAAAAAUAUUUUAGCAUUUAUUAUGUUAAUUAUAAUGAUAAUGACGAUCACUAUCAUUAUUAAGAAAGAAUAUUCUUUCAACUGUUUUCGUUUCUAUGCACACCUCCUACAAACGAACCAACCACCAAGACACGUGACUGUCUACAAUGGUCGGGUAGAUUUGUUUUCCUUUUUCUCUUUUGAUAGUUGUAUUUUCACGGCUAAAAGUGCAACUUUGAUGAUAAUAAUAAUAAUAAUAAUAAUAAUAAAGAUUAGAACAAUGAAUAACCUUGUCUCGUAAAAAGAAAUUGACGUAUUAUUUGUGAAAAAUUCUCUAAAACAUUUUUUUCCAAUGUGAAUAAGAGGAUGAUUGAUGAUAGCGAUAUGUUAUGUUGUAUCAGAAAGUGCUGUGAUUCUUUUAACUUAAAAUUACAUUUAACAUUCUUAUCAUUUUUCGUAUCUUCCGUUGACGUGAUCAGAAUUACACAAAAGCCAACUGUAAACUAUUGAUAUACCAUUAUAACUCGCAUUUCACUCUCCAUUAUACUUCAUGAAAUGUUUGUAAUUCUAUAUCUCUUCGUUUUUUGUUUUGUUUUCAAUAAGGUAACCUUGCAUUUAUUUCACAACUGUGUUCUUUUAUAAUCAGCAUUUACUCUGACAUAUAUUUAACAAUGAUCUUAUUCAUACAUGACUUCGUUUACAGUUUUUUUUGUGUUACUUUACAAUUUACAAACCCAAAAACUACUUGAAACUCAUAGAUUAAAAAUAAAGCAUUUGAUAAUUUUUUUAUUUGUCUACUUACAUUUUACUGGUAAUAUAGUAUCUAAAUCAAUGUGAAAUUUGGAUACUGUGUAUUUUUGACCUGUAUUUCCAAAAGAAUUCUUCGACUUACAUUCCAAUGGUAACUUAAUUGUCAAGGAUUUUUAUACUGUACUUCCAAUUACGCUUGUGAUUACGAACGGUCACAUUGUUCAAGUGCUUAGAUCUGGUUGACUGUGUUAAUCUUUAUUUCCUUAUAUCCACCAAGGUAAGUUUCUUAAAAUGUUCUCAAUUGGAAUGGAAUAUCGGCUUCUUAAACAUAAAAGGGAUGUCGCGAAACUAAAUUAACUACAUGCACAACAAAACAAUUUAGCAUAAUUGUUGCCUCAGUUGUUUGAAAUGAAAUGUACUCAUUAUCAAUGAAACACCAUACCUCUCAGCACACUUCGACAAUUUCUAGCUUCAUUGAUGCCAAUUUUCAUAAAAUAUUCUUUCUCUAAACACGGCAGCUUUUCUGAAACGCACUUUAACGAAAAAAGUCAAGUAGAGAGUAGACUGCAGUUUCACAUGCGCAGUCCUGAGCCAUACAUAUGUGGACUAGUGUUACUACCUAUGAAAGCCAACUAACCAUGGCAAUUCAUUUUGUGGAACAAAGGGAAGCUUAUGGAAUAAGUGAUUAAGAUUUUAUAGGUUCAUUCACAGGCCGACAGUUGUAAACCACGAAGAACUAGUAACAACUCAUACAGCUAAAUAUCGAUAAAAAAACAAUAAGGUUUGUCCAGUUAAGGUAAAAUGAGAGGUAAACGUAUCACAAUCGAUAUGGUUAUGGGGAACAAACUGUUGAUCCUGAGCAACUGAAACCAUUAGGUAAGCCAAUUUCAGUUUUUGUCAUCAGUGAAAAGCGAGUUCGUAGUGCCCAAGAUUCUUAUUAAAAUGGAUACUCCGGCAGAGAAUUCACUUCUGACCAUCUAAAAGAUGUCAGCUGAAAUAAUGAAUUGAGGGAAAUGAGUAUUCCAUAAUGAAACUACAGGUACA